UCAAUUGACCACCUCGCCACUACACCAUGAAGUACCUUAGCCUGUUCCUUGUCGCGGCCGCCGUUGCCGCACAGACGACGCAGCCCUCGGUGACGACGCGGGCGCCCAACACCUCAGUGGUGCCGGUGACGACCGUGGUGCCGGUGACGAGCGCAGUGCCAACGACAACGAGCGCCACGACUAAGACACCGGCGCCGGCCAACAAGACGACAACGGUACCUACGACAACGGUUGCACAGACAACGACCGUCGUCGCCAACACGACGGCGCCCGUGACGACAGCGGUCGCGACCCCGAACGUGACGGCAACGACCGAACCCGUCGUUGUGACCGACGCGCCGACGGAUGCCCCGACCGAUGCGCCGCUCCCGACGGCCACCAAGAAGAAGAACGCCACUACAACCGCGCCGCCGUCGGCUGCCACGUCCAUCUCGAUCAUGUCGGUGGCGUCGGUUGUCAUGGCCUUUGUCGCCGCCACCUUGAUGUAGAGUCGCACCUUAUCCAUCGACGAAUGUAUGCAUAUGCUUGUGU